GCAAAUCCCAACGAGAACAGAUCGACCAGAGAUAGGAUAGCUACUCGGUGAGCUAGGCAAAACUAGGAUUAGACCACCACCUGCAGACAUUCUUCGGAUCAUCCAGUCGAUGCGUUUCCGGAACAUUGAGGUGAAGAAGACAGCCGGAUAGAAAGAAAGUGCGAAAAACAGCAAUGUAUUAUUCGUUUGUUCAUUGAUCUCCGGCUUUUAAGGUAUAAGUACACCGCGGACCCGCUCUCUUUUCAAUCUCCGCCCCCCCUAGAGCAGCAGAAGACAAUAUAAGAGAUUAAAAAGAGGGAUAUCGGAGGAGCACUUCGUACCUUCACAGUAAGAUCUCGUUGUUCCUUUUAAUGGGUGCUCCGAAGCAGAAGUGGACUGCAGAUGAAGAAGCAGCCCUUAAAGCAGGGAUAGCAAAGCAUGGGGCUGGUAAAUGGCGUACGAUACUGAAAGACCCUGAAUUCAGUAGUAUCUUGUCUUUGCGUUCAAAUGUGGACCUCAAGGACAAGUGGCGAAAUAUGAGUGUGACAGCACAUGGGUGGGGAUCUAGGGAGAAGGCUCGCUUAGCCCUCAAAAGGAGUCGACAAUUUCCUAAACAUGAUGAUAACCCAUUGGCUCUCACUACAGUUGUUCAGAGUGAUGAAGAAAUUGUUGAUGCUAAGCCUCUUGCAAUUUCUAGUGGAACAUUAUAUACUGAUGGUCCAAAAAGAUCUCUGAAAAGGUUAGACAAUCUUAUAUUGGAAGCAAUAUCCACUUUGAAUGAUCCUACUGGUUCUAACAAGACUGCUAUUGCGACAUACAUUGAGGAUCAAUGCUGGGCUCCUCUAAACUUCAAAAGGCUAUUGUCAGCAAAAUUAAAACAUUUGACAGCAAUUGGGAAAUUGAUUAAGGUAAACCGUAAGUACAGAACAGCACCAACCUCGUUUUUCUUGGAAGGAAGAAGAAGCAGCUCUGGAUUGCCACUGAUUGAAGGGAGACAGAGAGAUUCUGAAAAAGAUCACACGAAGAUUUUUACUAGAUCCCAGGUUGAUGCAGAGCUGGCAAAGAUGCGGCACAUGACUGCAAAGGAGGCUGCUGUUGCUGCUGCACAGGCAGUUGCGGAGGCAGAAGCUGCUAUGGCGGAAGCUGAAGAGGCAACACUGCAGGCUGAGGCAGCAGAAGCCGAUGCAGAAGCAGCACAAGCCUUUGCUGAAGCAGCAAUGAUGACUUUGAAUGGCAGAAACUUCUCAAAUCUGAUGGUCCAUGCAUGACAGAGAGUCAAGACUUCACAAUAGACUCUAUGCAGCAAAAGAGAUGAAUGUUGGGUUUGUCAUCAUUGGAUUGAUGUCUAGAUGCCUCCAUUUCAUUCCAAUAUCUGUAAAUAUGGUUACCUGUAUAGUGAAGUUGUUCAGUAUUCUUUCAUGCUGUCAGGGCUCGGGCUGCUUGGAGGUGUUUUUUUUUUUUUUUUUUCUGAGAACAAUUUCAUUGGUUAAACUACGUGUUCCCUUUUGUGGGAGCUUUUGGUUCAGACCAUAAACUGGAAUGCAGCUAAAUCGUAGCGUUUGGAGGCUGAAAAUAACCAUUGCAUCACUUCUGUUGUUUUAUACAAUAGUAAAUGAGAGCAUCAGUUGGCUUCUGAUCUGAAA